CCGGAGUUGCAACAUGUCCACUCUCCCCAAUGUGGGAGCCCGGUCAACGUCACGAAGCCCAAGGUUAUCAGACCUGAGAGUGAUAAAUUAUAUUCAGAUAUUUCUAUCAUUUGCCCAUUUAAGCACAUAAUAUUACAGCUAUCUUUGUCAGCUAGAUAUCAACAAAUCCCCUAAAAGUUGUUUCGGCGAUCUGGGAAUUUAAGACUUGUCCGACGGUUGGUUUCUAGGUCAUGGAUUUGGUUGCAAUCCAAGAUUACAUAAAGUCUAGACGAAAAUGAAGCAAUCCACAGGAUGGCAACGAGAUGACCUGAAGAUGCCUGGCCGCGAAAGCGCCGUCGAAUUAAUUGCAGAUAUACCUGACACAAUUCUACGAGCGGAACUCUACCGAAGAGGUGGGAUCAAAGGGCCCGAUAAUGAUAAGCCAUCAUGCGGCUCAAAGGAUGGAGGGGCCUACAACACCCCGGCACAUGUAAUGGCAUUGUUCCUCAUUCUAUUGCUGAGUACCUUGGCAUGUUCAUUUCCUGUGCUCGCCCGUCGGUUCCCACGUCUACCAAUACCACGGCGCUUUCUCUUCCUUUCUAGACAUUUUGGAACAGGGGUAUUGAUUGCUACGGCUUUUGUCCAUUUACUCCCUACAGCGUUUAUGUCACUUACAGACCCAUGUCUUCCUCGGUUUUGGAGUGAGUCAUACCGUGCAAUGGCUGGGUUUGUCGCCAUGGUUUCAGUCUUCGUUGUUGUGCUGGUAGAAAUGUUCUUUGCCAUGAAAGGAGCAGGCCAUGUUCAUGGAAGUGAAUAUGACCACUUGAUUAGUGAUGUCGGGGGGGAUACUGCAAGUGACUAUCAGAAUGAGGAAACUGGAUAUCCACAAGAGUCGGUAGAGAACAUUCACCUUGGUGUGCGAGACGAAAGCGGCACACGUACUUUGCUGCCGUUCUCUGCUUACAUGCCUGGAGACUCUACCGACGAUAGUGGUCAGUCACCGUCCAGGAACUCAAUCGCGCGCAAGGAGGACGUGAACAGUGGCCUUGAGGGGUCAGACCCCUAUAAUGUCUCACAUGCGAAUAGGCCUCAAAAUCAGUAUUCACACUGUGAAGUUCAUCGUCCUUCAGGUAUGCCACAUGAACAAAUAGAUACCGAGUUGUCUAUGCAAAAUCCGCAACGUCAGUUGCUUCAGUGUCUUCUCCUGGAGGCUGGCAUCCUCUUCCAUAGUAUUUUUAUUGGGAUGGCACUUAGCGUCGCAACAGGGACGUCGUUUGUUGUCCUACUCGUGGCCAUCUGUUUCCACCAGACUUUCGAGGGCUUCGCUCUUGGCUCACGUAUCGCAUCUCUUAUUCCGGACCUCUUUGCUCCAACCUCCAUGAAGCCCUGGCUCAUGUCACUUGCAUAUGGGACUACAACUCCAAUUGGUCAAGCGAUCGGUCUCAUUCUACAUAACCUCUAUGAUCCAACAAGCACGGCUGGUCUGCUCAUGGUUGGCAUCACGAAUGCGAUAAGUAGUGGACUUUUACUGUUCGCUGGGUUGGUGGAGCUUUUGGCCGAAGACUUUCUGAGUGAGUCGAGCUAUGCGACUCUACAUGGUCGAAGGCGCGUUGAAGCAUGUAUAGCAGUUGCCUGCGGGGCUUUGUUGAUGGCAUUGGUUGGUGCAUUUGCUUAAGAAUUACAUGUUCGUAGUUUAUACUUCUGUAUCCUUUAUUGAUGUAGACUUUGAGACUGUAUCUCUAAUACUUUCGUAAAUAUCACACUUCUU